AUGGAGGAUCUUGCCGCCUUCACUGGUACUAGUACAGCUGACGAGCACUCUGCCGGGCGUCUGGCGCAAUGCCUGGAGCGCGCGUCGCCCUAUGUGGACCGCGUGGGGGCGGUCAUGGUGAUCCUGAAUGCGCUGGCCAUGCUCUUAGAGUUCGAGCUCUCUGGGCAGUCAGCGGGCUCCCACCUUGGGCUGUCGACGGGCUGGCCUCUCUCGUCCACGAUGCCCGUUUUCCGGGGAAUCAGUGCCACUUUCGACGUGGUGUUCUUCCUUGAGCUUGCCGUCCGCGUGGCCAUUGAGCGCCGCAGAUUUCUUAAGGAACUUGCCAACCUGUUUGAUAGCAUCUUGGUCCUGGCUGGACUUGUUGAAUUGCACUUUAUCAUCAUGACGACACCUGCAGAUCAGAUGAGCUGGCGCGUAUUCCGAGCACUGAGCUCCAUCCGCGCGAUUCGCGUGCUACGAGCCUUUCGGUUUUGCCAAGGGCUCAGGCUGCUAUUGAACGCUUGCCAGUCCUUCGUGGUGUCGCUGUGCUGGUCUAUGGUCCUUCUGGGUGUGGUUAUGAUCGCAGCGUCGCUCGUCAUCGGGAACCUUCUUCGGCAGGACUACAUCCGUGAUGACAAUGUCGGCUUCGAUGACCGUGUUUGGGUUUGGCAGUACUAUGGCACUGCGUACCGGUCUUGGUAUACGCUCUACGAAAUCACUUUUGCGGGUAGUUGGCCUACAAUGGCCAGACCCGUGCUCGAGAAGGUCAGCCAUGGUUUCGUGUGCUUCUAUGUGUUGUACAUCACGAUCAUCGUGUUCGCUUUGAUCCGGGUCAUCACGGCGGUGUUCCUCAAAGACACGCUGGACGCGGCGCACAAUGACGCCGAGCUUCGUAUGGCUGAGGGCCUUCGGAAGAAGGCUGAGUAUGUCGAGAAGCUGGCCGGAAUUUUCCAAGCCAUCGAUGAGACAGGCGACGGCCUGAUCACAGAGGAGCGACUAACGUUCAUCCUUGAGAACCCGAAGGUGAAAGCGUAUUUCCAGACCUUGGAUGUGGACGUGCACGAAGGCGCCGCCUUGUUCCACAUUUUGGACGAUGGUGACGGAGAGUGCACGUUGGAGGAGUUCAUCGGAGGCAUUUUGCGGUGCAGAGGGCCGGCAAGGGCCAUCGACCAGGUUGCUAUGAUGGCUGAUCUGAAGCAGCUGGACAAAAAGAUUUCCAAGAUUGUCAAAGCAUUGGUUAGUGCCAACUUGCUGACAGAGACAGCGGGCCUGCAAGCCGUGCGAUAG